AUGGCCACCGAAACGGAAAACAAGCCCGUCGUCGCCGGCGAGGAGGAGAAAAAGGUGGAACAGCAGGCGGGUGCGGCCGCCACCACGGCCGAGGCAGCACCAGCGGCGGCCACCGGCGAUAAGGCUGUGGCGGGUGGUGAAGGUACGGCGGCCGGUGGUGAUGCGGCCGAUAAGAAGCCGGAGGAGAAACCCACCGGAGAGAAUGCACCGGCGGGCGGCGAGGGUGGCGAUGGGGCGACCAGUUCCGAUGCAGCCACCGCCCCGGCCAAAAAGGAGAAGGAGGUGAAGCCCACCGUGCACAAGGGUGUAUUCGAGAAGGAUGUGGUGUAUCUGUACCAGUUCACCCGCACACCGAUGCUACCGUCAAUUUCGCCCUUCUGCCUGAAGGUGGAGACCUGGUUGCGCCUGGCAGGGUUGAAGUAUGAGAACAUUGACCAUAAGCUGAAGCUGCGCUCGAAGAAGGGACAGCUGCCUUUCGUCGAAGUCAAUGGCGAGGAAAUCGCAGACUCGACCAUCAUCAUGCAGGAGCUGGCGACACGCUACGAUAAGGACCUGGACGCCGCCCUGACCCAGGAGCAGCGCAACAUUGCCCACGCGAUGAUCUCGAUGCUGGAGAACCAUCUCGUCUGGGUGGUGCUGUCGUGGCGCAGCAAGAACACCGAACAGAUGCUUAAGGGCUACAAAAUAAACCUCCAGCACGCCCUCGGAAGCCGUCUGCCGAACGCAUUGCUGAACUUUUUCUUCAAGUUCCAGUUCAGCCGCAAGUGUUUCCAGGGUGCUAAAAAGGUGAAAGCUCAAGGCCUGGGUGUCCACAAGCCCGAGGAGAUCGAGGAGUUCGGUCGCAAGGAUCUGAAGGUGCUGUCUGAGCUGCUGGCCGAUAAGCCGUUCUUCUUCGGUGAUGAACCCACCACGCUGGAUUGUGUUGCAUUCUCCGUUUUGGCACAAAUCCACUUCAUCCUGGACGAAGUCAAGUACGGUCUGAAGGAGUUCAUGACGGAGAACUGCCCGAAUCUGGUGGGUCAUGUAUCGCGGAUCAAGGAACGUUGCUUCCCGGAUUGGGAGGAUAUCUGCACCAAGCUGGAUCUGAACGCACACAUCCCGAAACCAGAACCUGAAACCAAGGAAAACAAGGAAGGUGCUGACACGGAAAAAACCGCCGAACAGGACAAGAACGAGUCGGAAAAGGAACUCGAGAAGGACAACUCGAACGAGAAGUCGGAAAAGAAGGAGGAACCCGAGAAGGUGGUGGAAGAAAAUAAAGAAAAAGAGGAGGCAGCCGCCAAAUAAG